ACAGCCAUCUGCGGGGGUGAUGUGAAAAAGGACAAUGGCCAUAUCCAGUCUCCCAAUUACCCAGAUGAUUACCGGCCCAGCAAAGUCUGCAUCUGGCGGAUCCAAGUGUCCGAGGGCUUCCACGUGGGCCUCACCUUCCAGUCCUUUGAGAUCGAGCGCCACGACAGCUGUGCCUACGACUACCUGGAGGUACGGGACGGGCACAGUGAGACCAGCACCCUGAUCGGGCGCUACUGUGGCUAUGAGAAGCCCGAUGACAUCAAGAGCACAUCCAGCCGCCUCUGGCUCAAAUUUGUCUCGGAUGGAUCCAUUAACAAAGCGGGCUUCGCUGUCAACUUUUUCAAAGAGGUGGACGAGUGCUCUCGGCCCAACCGCGGGGGCUGUGAGCAGCGAUGCCUCAACACUCUAGGCAGCUACAAGUGCAGCUGUGACCCUGGGUAUGAGCUGGCCCCGGACAAGCGCCGCUGUGAGGCUGCCUGUGGAGGAUUCCUCACAAAGCUCAACGGCUCCAUCACCAGCCCAGGCUGGCCCAAGGAGUACCCCCCCAACAAAAACUGCAUCUGGCAGUUGGUGGCCCCCACCCAGUACCGCAUCUCCCUGCAGUUCGACUUCUUUGAGACCGAAGGCAAUGACGUAUGCAAAUACGACUUUGUGGAGGUGCGCAGUGGACUCACAGCUGACUCCAAGCUGCAUGGCAAGUUCUGUGGCUCCGAGAAGCCCGAGGUCAUCACCUCCCAGUACAACAACAUGCGCGUGGAAUUCAAGUCUGACAACACCGUGUCCAAAAAGGGCUUUAAGGCCCACUUCUUCUCAGACAAGGACGAAUGCUCCAAGGAUAACGGCGGCUGCCAGCAGGACUGCGUCAACACAUUCGGCAGCUAUGAGUGUCAGUGUCGCAGUGGCUUCGUCCUCCAUGACAACAAACACGACUGCAAGGAAGCCGGCUGUGACCACAAGGUGACAUCCACCAGUGGCACCAUCACCAGCCCCAACUGGCCUGACAAAUAUCCCAGCAAGAAGGAGUGCACAUGGGUCAUCUCCAGCACCCCUGGGCACCGGGUCAAGCUGACCUUCGUGGAGAUGGACAUCGAGUCUCAGCCUGAGUGUGCCUAUGACCACCUGGAGGUGUUUGACGGGCGCGAUGCCAAGGCACCUGUCCUUGGCCGCUUCUGUGGAAGCAAGAAACCUGAGCCUGUCCUGACCACAGGCAGCCGCAUGUUCCUGCGCUUCUACUCUGACAAUUCGGUCCAGCGGAAGGGCUUCCAGGUGUCCCACUCCACAGAGUGUGGGGGCCAGGUGCAGGCAGAGGUGAAGACCAAGGACCUUUACUCCCAUGCCCAGUUUGGGGACAACAACUACCCAGGGGGAGUGGACUGCGAGUGGGUCAUUGUGGCUGAGGAAGGCUACGGUGUGGAGCUCGUGUUCCAGACUUUCGAGGUGGAGGAGGAGACCGACUGCGGCUACGACUACAUGGAGCUCUUUGAUGGCUACGACAGCACAGCCCCCAGACUGGGGCGCUACUGCGGCUCAGGGCCUCCCGAGGAGGUGUACUCAGCUGGAGACUCUGUCCUGGUGAAAUUCCACUCGGAUGACACCAUCACCAAGAAAGGCUUCCACCUGCGGUAUACCAGCACCAAGUUUCAGGACACACUCCACAGCAGGAAGUGACCAUGGCCCUCGCACCAGGGAAGCAGGACCGGGAGGCCUGCUUCCUGUGGUCACUGAGACUGGACAGUGGGGGGUGGGCAGAAGGCGACACACUGUCCCUCUCCUCCAGGCGCCAGGACCUGCAGGGCCACUGGGCCAGAUGAGGCUGUCCUCUGGAGGCAGGGGAACUGGACUCUUCAUAAGCCACUUCCCCGUGACCCCCCACCAGAGCAAGGGGCCAGGGAGCCAGAGCUUUCACUGAGACACUUGAAGUGACCAUUCCUCUCUGGAUGCCCUGUCUGGUGGCAAGAGGGACCAUGUGCAGGACCCCACUGCCCUCCCUGCCCAUCUCUACACGCUGUAUUGUGUAUAGCCGCUGGCGUAAUCUUCAUUGUAAUGUACAUCCCACCCCUUCUCCAGCCUCAAUUUGGUUUGAUUUGAGCCCCCGCUCCCCCGCUUCCUGAGGCGUGAGUGUCCCAGGAGCCACUGCCAGGAGAUGAAGGGGAGGGUGGGAAACAAGACAGGGCCUCUCUCAGGCCCAGUGGCUGGUCAGCCACACCAGGGCACCCCGGCCAAUAAACCGAAAGUGUUACAGCCAG